AUGGACGAGGACUCUAUUCUCAACUUCUGCAGCAUCACGUCGUGCGAUCCGGACAAGGCCGCCCAGUAUCUGCGCUUGACAGACGGCAACUUUGAACAAGCCAUCCAGCUCUUCUUCGAUGCGCCCGGGCUUGACUUUACUCCAUCGGCACCUUCACAACCUUCGGCAGCCGCUUCGUCUGCACAACACGCAAUAAAUGUCGAUUCAGAUGAUGACAUGGACUUUGAUGCCGCCACACGGGGCACCACUCCACCCACACGGGCCCAGCCGGGCGUCGAAGAUGACGAAGCCAUGGCGCGGCGGCUGCAAGAGGAGAUGUACGGUGGGAGUGGACCUGGAGGUACUGGCCCUGACGAGGUUCGUGCACCUAUGCAGCGGACCACGGAAACCCUCGUCGGCCCAGGCUCCAACUGGGGGCCUGCCGACGACGACGAGGAUGUCGACGCCAUGGUCCAAGAACAACUGGCUCGUCGCCGGACAGGUCGCGCCGGCAUCUUCAACCAGCAGACAACUCAGACCAACGUGUGGGACAACACGACGGAUUCAAGUACCCGCCGACGCGAGCUUGCAACCGCGACAGGCGGCGCGUCCGAGCAGUCUUCUAAGAUGAGCAUGCUCGCCGAGCUGUUCCGUCCGCCCUUUGAGAUCAUGUAUCAAGGGCCGUGGGAAAAGGCACGAGACAUGGGUAAAGACGAGGAAAAAUGGCUGCUUGUUAACAUCCAGGACCCCGCCAUCUUCGACUGCCAGCGCCUCAAUCGGGACAUUUGGAAGAACGACGACAUCAAGGCGACUGUACGCGAGAACUUCAUCUUCAUGCAGUAUGCAAAAGACGACCAGCGUGGUCAGCAGUACAUGAACUACUACUUCCAUGCCCGCGACAGCUCUGAUGCUUACCCACACAUCGCCAUCGUAGAUCCCCGGACAGGCGAGCAGGUCAAGGUAUGGUCAGGUCCACCAAUACCCGAACCAGUCGAAUUUCAUGCUCAGCUUCACGAGUUCCUUGAUCGUUACAGCCUGAAUGUGAACGCAAAGAACCCUGUCGCGAAGCGAAAGUCCGAGUCCAAGAAGAAGGACCUGGGCCGCAUGACCGAAGAGGAGAUGCUCGAGAUGGCUCUGAAAAACAGCAUGGAUAACGGCCAAGGCCCGAAAGAUGACGAUCCAGACGCCCUCACAAAGUCGACGGACAAUGUCAAGGGCAAGGGCAAAGCGGAUGAGGCUGCGUCCGAGCCCGAGGCCAGCGCACCCACAAAUCCUCUAUUCGCCACCAUAUCUGCACAUGCUCCCCACACCGAGCCCACCGUUACCGAUCCCAAAAUCACAACGCGCAUCCAGUUUCGAGGACCAUCAGGUCGCCCCAUCGUGCGCCGCUUUCACCUCUCAGACCCUGUACGCCGCGUCUACGAAUGGAUCAAGUCGGAUAUCCCUUGGGAGGGCAAGCAAGGCGCCGAGUUUGAUCUUGCCUUUAUGGGCAAAAACCUCAUCGAGCAUCUCGAUGAGACCGUCGAAGCUGCUGGUCUCAAGGGUGCCAGUGUCAUGGUUGAAUUUCUUGACAACGAGUAA